CAGCUGCACGAGCUUCUUCCAGAAGUUUCUCUACCCGGCUUCUUUCCUGCGCGGCUGUCGCACGAAACGGAGGACAGUUUGUUCUUUUGUUGAUUUAUUUUUAAACAAUUCGUUUUUAAUUAUUUUCCCUUUUUGCCAUCGUUUAGACUCAAAAGUUUAUUUCACGGACUGUCACAAUUUGGAUAGAAAUUGUUUGAUUGAAGGCGGCGAAGCAAAAAGAAACUACUGGAUAUCUGCUCUGGAGAAAUGGUUUUAUAAAAAAAAAGGGGGUAAUUAAAAAAAGGCAGGAGGAGUGAUGGGUAAAGAUUAUUACAGUGUGCUCGGGAUAUCCAGAGGUGCGUCCGAAGAGGAGAUAAARAAGGCGUACAGAAAACAGGCUCUCCGCUUUCACCCGGACAAAAACAAGUCGCCCAAAGCUGAAGACAAAUUCAAGGAGGUGGCUGAAGCUUAUGAUGUCCUCAGCGAUGCCAAGAAAAGGGACAUUUACGACCGAUACGGAGAGGAAGGAUUAAAGGGUUCUGCUGAGGGUGGAGGACCCACCGGUCGGCCCACUUUUAACUACACCUUCAGCGGAGACCCUCACGCCAUUUUCGCCGAGUUCUUCGGAGGCCGCAGCCCCUUUGAUCACUUCUUCCCGACGGCUGGGGAUGAGUUCGAUCCCAACGACCCCUUCGGUGCGUUCGGCAUGGGCGGGAUGGGCGGCGUGGGCGGGUUUCACCAAGCUUUCAAACCCCACCCCGGCGGUCCUCUCAGGGCGCACGAGAAGAGGCAGGACCCCGCUGUGGUGCACGAGCUGAACGUGAGCCUGGAGGAGGUUUUCUCCGGCUGCACGAAGAAGAUGAAGAUUUCCCGCAAGAGGCUGAACCCCGACGGCUGCACCAUCCGCAGCGAAGACAAGAUUCUAACGGUGAACAUCAAACGCGGCUGGAAGGAGGGCACCAAGAUCACGUUCCCCAAGGAGGGCGACGAAACUCCCACCAACAUCCCCGCCGACGUGGUGUUCGUGGUCAAAGACAAACCCCACCCCGUGUUCAGAAGAGAGGGAUCAGAUAUCGUUUAUCCUGCAAAAAUCACACUCCGAGAAGCGUUGUGUGGAUGCACAGUCAAAGCCCCCACUCUGGAUGGCCGGACCAUCACCGUGACGUCCAGAGAGGUGCUCAAACCCGGRACGAAGAAGCGCAUCGUCGGAGAGGGGCUUCCUCUGUCCAAAUAUCCCGAGAAGAGAGGCGACAUGAUUUUGGACUUCAGCGUUCGAUUCCCAGAGAAACUGGGUCAGAACACACGAGACGCACUCGAACAGAUACUUCCCGUGUGACCGCGGGUCGAACGCAACGUCAGAGGAGUCGACGUUUCCCGCGACGCCGCCGCGGCUCGGCCUCGCUGGCAGAGCGGCCGUCAUUCCAGCUGAGGCGCUUAUUAAAGCUGCUCUGUGUGAAGGAGAGAGUCGAACAAAAAAAAAAGAUGUUUUCUUUAGUUUUUAAAAAAGUUCAAGUUGAACAACUUGGAGGUUUGAUUUUUGCGAUGAUCUAGUUUAAUAGCUGCGUAUGCUUUGAGGCGACUACCUAAUGCCACAUGCGGACUGACGAAUGCUGGCGUGUAAACGCAUUCAGGUGGUUUUAAUGUGGCGCCUGAGUGAAAACAUGGCAGGUGGCUGCGCCUAAACUUACCUGCUUCAAAAUAGCAGCAUUAAACAGACUUUUCUUAAUGGCUUCGUAACUCAACUUCAUCGUUUCAAACAUUGAAACUGCUCAUUUUUAAUGCUGCAGGGUCAAAGUKCUGGGAAAAUACACCUGAAGUUGUCUAAAGCUGCAACACUAACAGGUGUUUGGAUACCCAGAGGAGGAGAGUUGAAGCUGAGGGGCGGGGUCUUAUAUGAACACUAUGUUCAAAGUCUAUAAAUACUGGAAACUCAGAUCAAUGAAAUGUUUAAAAAGGGUACAUGUCAAAAUUGUUUAUUUUUAUAGAGACGUUUUUGAUUUUAUUUUAGUUUGAAACCUUUUUGUGCCAUACAGUUGUCCCGGUGACAUUAAAAUAUGUGUGCUUCCAAAAGUACCACAAGUCUUCUGUAAUUAUUCAAUUUAUUGAUAUACUCCAUUAAAAUGUAUAAUGUAUAGAAAUAUCUUGCAUGUGAUGAUUUGAAUCCUAUUUUUAUUGGCCAAGUUAAACUAGAAGACCUUUUUUGUAACRCUUGUACAAAUUUGGUGAUAUCUAAAUAUUAAAACUUAGAAGAGAGAAAAAAAACUUUUGUUUUAAAGGCCUGAAUCUACUUCCUUUAUUUUGUAUUGUUCAAGAACAGCAUUCAUUCCUAGAUUUCCACUCUUAAGAUUAGUCUCACAUUAGUUUGUAUGUAUACUAACAACUUGUUGGACUGUUUUACAGGUGUAAAUAUGAAUAUAAAAGUUGUUUAAUCAGGAAGUCAUUUUAUUUUCAGCGGUAACCCGCUGCUUCAUUCUGCUUCUCUAAAGAGGAAGAGCUGAAUUAUCUUUUUUUAUUUUAAUGCAAAAACGCUGCUGACUCAAUUUUUUCUUUCCUUUUUAAAAGGAAACAAUUAUGUUGUAUGUUCUGUUUGUAUUUUACUGUUUACUGUUGACCUUACCAACAAAGUUGUUAAAAUGUUGGAUAGACUUUGUAGUUUGCUCAGCUGGAAUGAUCUACAUUUGCACAUUAAAAUUUUUUUUUUGAAAACA